GAAUGCCGUCUCCAAUGCUUAAUUCCCAACUGAGGGCUGAGGAAGAGAAGCAAGAGCUCACACUUGUCUCCUCUGCACUGCUAAGCUGCCGCUGAAUGCUGGUCACAGGCUCUACAAGUGAGACGUUUUGCGUUUUUUUGCAACUGAGGCUGAUUUCGGGGCGGAAGUUGUCGGAAGAGAACUGGCAUUGCCUAGGUACGUACACCAAUUGUCUUCCGGCUGCUUCCGCGCUCCUUGAGUCGAAGCGUUCCCGGUAGCCUUGAAGUCAAAGAAGAGAUUCUGGAUCGGUAAUAGGGGCGCUAACAGGAAGUGAGCGGCAGCUGCUCCUGCCGCCGUGGGGGUGUGUUAGAGUAGGUCUGAGGAAGGAGGGACCCUGGCCCCUCUCCUGCCCUGGAGAACCCUGCUGGAGGAGUAGCGGCGUAAAGCCCUUGGCGGGGGCUUGCUGUGGUGCCUGGAGAUGGAGGAAGGUGCUGUAGAGUUGAGACAAAGAAAGAAGCCACUUGGCACUGAAACUGAAGAGGGAGCUCCAGAAGAUGAAAAUGAAGAAAGCAAGAAGCCGAAAAAAACUCCAAGAUAUGUUUUAAUUCCACAUUUUGCAAAGCUUUUCUUCGGCUGCAUUGCAGCCAUCGUCAGUGGAAUGAUGUAUGCCAUGUACCUUUCAACGUACCACGAACGCAGAUUUUGGUUCUCUGGCAGGCCGGAGCUUGAGCGAGAAAUCACCUUUCAGGGCGAUAGUGCUGUUUACUACUCAUUUUAUAAGGAAUUGUUAAAGGCACCUUCCUUUGAAAGAGGUGUGUAUGAACUUACCCGGGAUAACAGAACUCUGUCAUUGAAGACCAUGAAUGCAGUGCAAAAAAUGACCUUAUAUCCUGAGUUGAUUGCCAGUGCAUUAUAUCAAGCAUCUGGCAGUGAAGAAGUUAUAGAGCCAGUCUAUUUUUACAUUGGCAUAGUGUUUGGGCUUCAGGGGAUUUAUGUGACCGCGCUGUUCGUAACCAGCUGGCUGAUGAGCGGCACUUGGCUAGCAGGGAUGCUAACAGUUGCCUGGUUCAUUAUUAACAGGGCAGAUACAACCAGAAUAGACUACUCAAUUCCAUCAAGGGAAAAUUGGGCUCUCCCGUAUUUUGCAUGUCAGGUUGCAGCUCUUACAGGCUACUUAAAGAGCAGCACAAAUUCUUCCGCUGAGAGAUUUUCCUACCUGUUGGUGAGCGCUUCAACAUACACUUUUAUGUUGAUGUGGGAAUACAGUCACUAUCUGUUGUUUGUUCAGGCUGUGUGUCUCUUCUUGCUAGACACCGUAUCGCCUGCACAGACUGAAAAGGUACAUGAAGUGUACAAAAUCUACGGAUUUUCUGUCUUCCUGGGCUACAUUUUGCAAUUUGAGAAUCCGGCUUUAUUAAUCUCUCCACUGUUGAGCCUUGUUACUGCUGUACUGCUUGCAAAAUGCCUCCAGAUGAAUACCAAAAAAGGGACACUUUUUUCAAGAAUGCUGAAAGUGUUUUAUUUUUAUUUUGUAUCCACAAUAACAGUAACAUUGAAUCUUGUAGUGAAGACAUUUGUUCCACAUAAAGAAAAUGAGCAUUUGAUGAAAGUUCUUGAAAUAAAAUUGGGUUUAAACAAAACAAAGAACUUCACAAUGAACUGGCUCCUUUGUCAAGAGUCACUUCAGACACCAUCUCAGGAGUUCUUUCUGCGGCUCACUCAGUCCUCACUGUUGCCUUUCUAUGUUUUAGUGCUCAUCAUUUGCCUUUUCUCUGUAGGGCAAGUCAUUUUUAGGAGAACUAGUGGUGAAUCGGUCAGAGAAACAUCUACCCUUGAGAGUGGGAGGAUUGGAGAAAGGCCAGAAGUUGUGUAUCAUGUGUUGCACACCAUUUCAUUGGGGUCACUUACAAUGAUGAUGGAAGGAAUGAAGUAUUUGUGGACCCCUUACAUUUGCAUGCUUGCAGCUUUUGGGGUGUGCUCCCCUGAGCUCUGGAUGACCCUCUUCAAGUGGGUGCGACUGAAAGCUGUACACCCCAUCUUGCUGGCUCUAAUCCUGAGCAUGGCUGUUCCUACUAUCAUAGGUUUCAGCCUGUGGAAGGAGUUUUUUCCUAGGAUAAUGGCAGAACUUGCAGAACUGCAAGAAUUUUAUGACCCUGAUACAGUAGGACUCAUGACCUGGAUAAAAAGGCAGGCGCCUAUUGCCGCUGUGUUUGCUGGUAGCCCACAGCUCAUGGGCGUGAUCAAGCUGUGCACUGGAUGGACGGUGACAAAUCUGCCCGUGUACAGUGAUGAAGACCUGCAGAAGAGGAAUGAGAAUAUUUUCCAGAUCUAUUCCAAAAGAUCAGCUGAAGAUAUUUAUAAGAUACUGACAUCAUACAAAGCAACUUACUUGGUUAUAGAGGAUUCGAUUUGCAAUGAAGUUGGGCCUGUGAGAGGGUGCCGGAUCAAAGACUUACUGGAUAUUGCUAAUGGACACGUAUAUUGCGAAGAAAGUGACAGCUAUGGCUAUUCAAAAUACGGACGAUUUUGUCAGGAGAUUAAAAUGAACUAUUCUCCAUACGUGAAUUACUUCACUCGAGUAUAUUGGAACAGGUCAUACUUUGUAUAUAAAAUCAACACUGUGAUAUCCUUCCAGUCCUGAGAAGUCAUGGAGACCUUCAAAGACUGACAUUAGGGGGCAAAAUUCUUCAACUGGGAUGAGGUCAUUUUACAAAGUGUGCUUUUUCUAUAUUGCGCGUAUGACAUAUAGACACACACAUCAAGUGAGAACAUGCAAAUGCCCACACGUUGACCCAACUGGAAUACUGCAGACUGAGUGUUGUAUAGCAAAACGGAGAAACUUGCUUCAGGACCUUGGGAAAUUCUGAUCGAUGUUGCAAGAUACAACUGUCUUCCACAUUUUUGAAUACCUCUUAUUGACGUCUUAGUUGUAAUAACCUUAUUUUUGUGUGUGCUGCUGCUCUUUUUUCACUGUUAUAGCAAUUAACUGUGUUUUUAACUAGACCUAUUUACUCUGGCAAAUGCAAAAUAAGUGACGUGAACAUACGGAGCACGAUCCUGACACUAUGCAUAUACAUCUGGAGGCCUUUUUGUGUGUGUGGUCUCCUUUUGCAACUGCUCCAAUUGCUUUCUAAAUUCAGGAAAGUUUUUAAAAAGCAGUUUGGCUUUGAUUUGGGUGACUGAUGAAUCAAAAUAGGGUCAUGGUGGAAGUAGGUGAGCACAUGCCUUCUCUCUUACCUGAUAUUUCUUAGGUGCGACUGGUGGCUGCGUUGUUCAAGACAUUGGUAGGUCUCAUGGAUUUUUAAUGGAGUGUGAUUGUAACCUGUGAAAGAAAGAAAUACAGUCGAUUAUGCAUCUUUUUACUAUUAAAAAUAUCCUCAGUAAGAGCUGGCAAAUGUCUGAUUUUUUCCCCUAUAUGAAUAGUUGUAUUCCAGGUCUGUUUUUUUUAAGACCUGCAAGUUGUAGUAAAUGGACAAUUCAUUCUCCAAACAUGAAGAGGGCUUAGAUUUUGUGGAUUUCAGCCACUUCACGGAACUGUGUGCCUGCUUGACCCAUGACCAGUGGCAUUUACCAUUUGGCUCCAUUCGCCUUGCUAAAAUAUUUUUUGGUGAAUUAGAGUUUAAAAAUCCACACACUGCAAGUCAAGCUAAUAACUGCAUGCUUGGUUAUUUAAAAUAAACUAAAAGAAUUUUAAUUUGGUAUCUCUUGUCCUGGUUAUCUUGCAUCUCUCCCUUGUUUUCCCCUCUGAGCUUGUUCCUGCAGUCCUUAAACAAACUUAAGCAUUUUUACUUUGAGGGCUUUGAAAAUAUUCCCUGGAUACCUUACAGGAAGGCAUUUUAUCCAAAGAUUAGACGUGAAUUCCUCUUCAGACUUUAUGCAUCUGUCAUACAUAAAUGAGAAAGGAGCCAAGGACAGCAAAAUAUAUGUAUAUAUUAAAAACUGAGUAUGUGUACUUCUAUCAGAUGCAUUUUGUGUAGUGUUUAUUGAGUGAUCAUUGGUGCCUAUAUAUGCCAGUCAAACAACUCGAAUGCAAGGUUUUGAAAAAUAAUUUGUGGUCGUAAGGUUUUGAAAAAAAUUCAUGGUUGUCUGGUCAUUUGUUUUGAUGGUUGUUAAAUUGAGCUUGGAGAACUCUCACCAUGGAGGGAAGGGGGAACACCCCAAAACGAUCUGUAGAAUUUUAAUCAUAGUGGGGUUGUGAUUUGCCUUACAACAGAAGUAGCUUUGAGAUGCAUUCGUUUCAGUAAGAUUUGUGUGUGUGUGCUAUGUGCUAGACCUUAGACUAUUCUAGUAAGUUUCUGCCUCUGCACUGAAUUGCUUUUGUUGCUGCAGUAAAGUAUUGCAGAUGUGGUUUCUCUUGUGCUACUGCAAAGGAAAUUUUAACUUUUUUUACAUCUGAGAAUAAGGUGUACUUGUAUAAAUGGUGCUUUUAGUCCAUUUUUGGGGGAAUAACCCCCCCAAAUCCCUAUCAACCAGGAUCUUCUGCUGGGCAGUCUCCUUUCAUUUCUGUGGACUUUCAGUCCACAUAGAAAUUAGUAUAUACUGCACAGCAACAUGAUGCAUCUAGUCCACUCUGAUAAGCUGUAACAGAAUGUCAUUAGCAGGUAUAAACUAGUACCCUGUGCAUCAUUCUCUAGUUCAUACCUGAUGCUCUUAUGCGUUAACAGUUAUUGACUCAGCUGUAACAAACCUAGUAGCGUUAUUCAGAGUGCAGUAUUUUAGUUUAGCUCCUGUAAAGGGCUUCGUUUUGAGUAUUACUUCAGUGAUGAGUGCGGGUCACAUUUGGAGAUUCACAUAACACUUGUUUGUUUUAGUGAGCCACAGAGCUGUUCUAUUUACAGAAGAUAAAUCUCUUUUCCUGGUAUGGCUCUUCCAUUUUUCUCUCAUCUGAGCUUUAAUGCUUGAGCCUUACUGUCAUGCCUGUGGUGAUUCUAUGUACUGCUUAACAUCGAUCUCUCUUUUUUUGCUGGAAUAGAAUCAAAAUCUGAAGAAUUUCAAGUUUGUUUUCAGCUUUGGAGAGUUAUUACAGCAUGGAGUUGUGAGAGUUAACUACAACAUGGAGUUGUGAGAUUUCAGAAAACAAGUUUAUGUGAGAGUAGAUGGACUACUGGGGUUGCUAGCUACGGAGCAAGAAUUUUUAAAUAGUUCUAGCUAGUAUUUUUUAAUCUCUUGAAAAGCAACUGAAGCAAACUGUAAAAUAGCAGAUCUCUUAUGCUGGCUGUUGAGUAGCCAGAAAGGGAUGGAGGGAGGGAGAGAAAACUGUGUGUGAGAGAGAGAUUUGAUCACGUCUGUAAAAUACAGCAAUUUUCCUGAUAUGCCCUGAAGUCUUUAGAGGUAUUAAAAUGUAGAAAUUUUGUAAGCAGCACCCUGUUAUUUAUCAUACAUUUUAUGUUUCUGGUGAAAGGAGAAAUAAAUGUAGUCCUAAAAAAAAAAGAUUGACAUGUUUCACACCUCUGGCUGUUGAUGUAAUCCACUUGGAAAAUGUGCCUUGGGAACUUUUUAUUAAAGCAAUGAGCAAAAACCUUCACUCAGCA